AUGGAGGCGCACUCGGAGCUGGAGCCGGCGCGGGAGUCCGCGGGGGGCGACCUGCUCCUGGCGCUGCUGGCGCGGGGGGCGGACCUGCGCCGAGAGAUCCCGCUGUGUGCCGGCUGUGACCAGCACAUCCUGGACCGCUUCGUCCUGAAGGCUCUGGACCGGCACUGGCACAGCAAGUGCCUCAAGUGCAGCGACUGCCACACGCCGCUGGCCGAGCGCUGCUUCAGCCGGGGCGAGAGCGUGUAUUGCAAGGACGACUUCUUCAAGCGCUUCGGGACCAAGUGCGCUGCGUGCCAGCUGGGCAUCCCGCCCACGCAGGUGGUGCGCCGGGCCCAGGACUUCGUGUACCACCUGCACUGCUUCGCCUGCGUGGUGUGCAAGCGGCAGCUGGCCACGGGCGACGAGUUCUACCUCAUGGAGGACAGCCGGCUGGUGUGCAAGGCCGACUACGAGACAGCCAAGCAGCGAGAGGCCGAGGCCACCGCCAAGAGGCCGCGCACGACCAUCACGGCCAAGCAGCUGGAGACGCUGAAGAGCGCGUACAACGCCUCUCCCAAGCCCGCGCGCCACGUGCGCGAGCAGCUGUCCUCGGAGACCGGGCUGGACAUGCGCGUCGUGCAGGUCUGGUUCCAGAACCGCCGGGCCAAGGAGAAAAGGCUGAAGAAGGACGCCGGCCGGCAGCGCUGGGGACAGUACUUCCGCAACAUGAAGCGCUCCCGGGGCAGCUCCAAGUCAGACAAGGACAGCGUCCAGGAGGGGCAGGACAGCGACGCCGAGGUCUCCUUCAAUGAGGAGCCGACCCUGGCGGAAAUGGGCCCAGCCAGCAGCCUGUACGGAGGCCUGAGGGAGCCUACCCCCACCCUGGGCCGGCCCUCGGGUGCCCUGGGCAGCUUCGCGCUGGAGCACGGAGGUCUGGCAGGCCCAGAACCGUACGGAGAGCUGCGCCCUGGCAGCCCCUACGGCAUCGCCCCGUCCCCUGCCGCCCCGCAGAGCCUCCCUGGCCCCCAGCCCCUGCUCUCCAGCCUGCUGUACCCUGACACCAGCCUGGGCCUCGUGCCCUCGGGAGCCCCAGGGGGCACCCCGGCCAUGAGGGGGCUGGCGGGGAACGGACCCAGCUCCGACCUGUCCACGGGGAGCAGCGGGGGUUACCCCGACUUCCCUGCCAGCCCGGCCUCCUGGCUGGACGAGGUGGAUCACGGCCAGUUCUGACCGAGGCCCAGCAUGGCAGCACUGGACGUGAGGGUGAGGGAUGCCGUCCCCCGAGGGCCUUGGAGGGAGGCCGAAGAGGACGUCUGGGGAGGGCUGGCAUCUGCGGAGCCCAGCUCCGACUCUCCUCGGCUGCGCAUGGCCGGGGCUCCGGGCCUCUCCGUGAAAGGAUGAAGGACACUGGCCGGGCUGCCCGGAGGCUGCGCAGGGCCAGGCCUGGGGCUGUGCUUCGGAAGCGAAUCUCCACCCGAGGGCCACCUGAGCAUUUGCUGCUGGUUCUGACCCGUAAUGCCCGGGGCUGGAAGUGCUUUCUGGUCUGACUGUAAAGAUGCAAAUAGUUGGGUUUGCAUUUCCCGGCUCCACACGCUGGUCCCUGACCCCUCCGGUGGAGACCCGGCCUGGCGGUCCAGGCUGGGGUGAGAAGGCCCGCCAGGUCCUCUGGGGCCAAGGACAAGGCCCUGGGGCUGGUCUUCUCCCUGGGCUCAGGCCUCCUGGUCACCAGCUCCCCUCCGGGGGCCCCUGUCCCCCUCCCCUGGGUCUCUCCAGCCUUCCAGUGAUCUUGAGUGCCCUGCUAAGGAGGUGGGGAUUCCGGGGAUCCCCCGGGAGCCCCCAGAUUGGGUCUCCCUCCCCCUCGGCACAGUGUCCAGGUUCUGCCCAGAGCUCAGUUGCCAAACAGCCGGCCCUCCCCAGCCCUCUGCCUGCGGAGGGGAGAUGGGCGGGGUGGGGCUCCUCCAGGUGAUUCUGGAAGGUGCCUGCACCCCAACCUAGGUCAGAGUCACUCCCAAAACAAAAUCGGGCCACCAGCUGGCUCUGUGAAUGCCCUGUGACUUUAUUUAUUCUCUGGUGGUCAGGUCUUUCCAAGACGUCAAUAAAUCUGUCAGUUGCAGUCUC